GGACAGGUGGUGAAGAAGAGAAUCCAAAUCCAAUAGCUUAAUUGGCACACUGUACACAGCACAUCAUACAACUUACACUUCUCUACGAGAAACGUUCGCAGAGGGGAAAGUUCAGUUCAGUUCGAACUGAAGAAGAAGACGAAGAAAAUGGGGGAGAACAAGGAAGCGGAAGCAUCUUCAUCUUCAUCUUCAUCAGCAUCAGCAUCAGCUUCAAGUUCAAGCCCUAAUAAAACAAUUUAUUACAACAACAGUGUCGAAGAAGCUUCCGAUCAUUCAAAGAAUCCUCCGCUGUUCUCCUCCGUUAACAGCUCCUCUCGCAACGCUUCCUCCAAAUACGACUUCGUCAAGGUUAAAGUCUGGCUAGGCGAUCACGCCGAUCAUUACUACGUUUUAUCCCGAUUCUUGCUCAGUAGAAUGCUGACUGUCACUAAGAUUCCAAAUCAUGUAGCCAUUAAAAUAGCUCUUGAACUCAAGAAACUGCUCAUUGAUAACAGCCUUCUAGACGUCUCUCAGACUGAUCUAGAAGCUAAUUUAUUCAAGCUUAUGGAGCGACGGGGUUACGGGGAAGAGUAUAUUAAUCGUUAUAAGAUGAUGACAAGAUUUCACCAUCAAAGAGUGCCGUUGGUAAUUCUUGUUUGUGGAACUGCCUGUGUUGGGAAAUCUACAAUAGCUACACAACUCGCACAGAGGCUCAAUUUGCCUAAUGUGUUGCAGACAGACAUGGUGUAUGAAUUGCUACGGACUUCAACAGAUGCACCAUUGACAUCUACUCCUGUAUGGGCUCGAGACUUUAGCUCUUCAGAGGAACUAAUUACUGAGUUCUGUAGAGAGUGCAGAAUUGUUCGUAAAGGUUUGGCUGGUGAUUUAAAGAAAGCAAUGAAAGAUGGAAAGCCUAUAAUAAUUGAGGGAAUGCAUUUGGAUCCCAGCAUUUAUUUGAUGGAUGAAGAAAGCAAGACACCCGCUAAAACUCCAGAAAAACCUGCGGAAGCAACUCCUAUACCUCUUAGAGAUAAUGAUCCUGCAACACAAAUGGAAAAGAAUCCAGCAAGUAUUAGUGGGAAUGAUGAAAGUAGCAACUGUAAUCCUGGGAAUGUGAGUUUGGAAGAGAAGGAAUCCUAUGACCUGUUGAAUCUCCCAGAUCCUCAGGAAUCUGUUAACGCAGUUGGAUGUAAUUCUGAUGACAAAGAUACUGAGAGAAAUGGAGAUACUUCUGUUAAGAAAGAUAAAUCUGGUCCAGAACCAAUAAUUAUACCCAUAGUUCUGAAGAUGGCAGAAUUUGAUCAUAAGGCAUUACUCGAGGAGUGGAUUUUGAAAUUCCCAGUCCAGGAUAAGGAUAGGCUGAUUGCCAAUCUGAAAACUAUUCAAGGCUAUCUUUGCUCUUUCAAGUCACAGGGUCUGACUGUUGUCAAUAUAUCAUCAACAACAUUCCCUCAAACGCUUGAUUGGCUGCAUGGAUAUCUUCUUCAGUGCAUUGAACAAGGCAUUUCACAAGUAUACGUCGAAAAGGAUAAGCAGCCAGCUGAAAAGUAGAUCACAGUCAGAUGUUUGCUCGAGCACUUACAGGCUGGCAGCCAGAUUCCUUCUAGUUGCAAACCUGUUAUAUGCUGAAGUGGCCUUUCCAAAUUGGUAUGCUUUCCAAAAUUGGGCCAUUUUGUCUGCAAAUCCUUUUCCCAGGUUUCUUUUUUGUGGGACAGAGUAAUCUGCAUUGAGUUGUCUUUUACUUGUUCGUAUGAGCCGGCAUCUUGCCCACACGCAGGAUUAAUCUAUCCAAUCAAGUUCACUGCCUUAUUCAGUAUCCCUUCGUCUUAUGUCUUGCUCAAGCACCACUAGAUGAGCAGUGUGUGAAAGCACAUGAAAAACAAGUUUCUCUCCAGAACAUUUAAUGCACAACCUCUUGUAAGAUAACAUUAGGCUAUUUGAAGUUUCCUAACCAACUCCUUCUAUUGCAAAACUUG